GACUCAGCUUGUGUUCGUCUAUAUAUUUCUACUGAGUCACAGAGGUUAUCAGCUUCUCCUCAUUUAGCACUGAAGACAAGAUCAUCUGUGCUGCAGUCACCCCAAUCAAAAGAAAUGUUUUUUUCAAGGUUUCUAAGGGAUCGGAUACUGAAGAUCCUCUCUUUCCUCAUGAUGGGUACGUCACUUUCCUUUGUUUUUUGGAAAACUGGCUCUGACUGGCUGUCAGUGUCUGGUCUCAGAAUACCACAGGAGUUUUCUCGUGACCUGCCUGGCUGCUUGGCUAUCAUCAAUAAGAACACAGAGGGAAGGAUAGGAGAAUUGGAAGUACUUCUGUCAUCGAGGAGAAGGGAAAAAUUUUUAUCUGAGGAUUUCUAUCUCAAUGUGACAAAGGACUGUCCAGCUUUUAUUGAAGAGAGAGGCUUCAUUACAGUGCCUCUCAGUGAAGAGGAGAAAGACUUCCCCAUUGCUUACUCGAUGGUAAUCCAUGAGAAGAUUGAGAUGUUUGAGCGACUUCUACGAGCUAUUUAUGCUCCUCAGAACAUCUAUUGUGUGCAUGUGGACAGGAAAUCCUCAGAAACAUUUAGGAUAGCAGUGGGGGCAAUUAUCUCCUGCUUUCCUAAUGUGUUUAUAGCCAGCAGAUUAGAAAGCGUGGUAUAUGCUUCAUGGUCUCGGGUGCAGGCAGAUUUGAACUGCAUGGAAGAUCUGCUGAGCUCACACAUCCAGUGGAGGUACCUGCUUAACACCUGUGGGACAGACUUCCCCAUCAAAACCAAUAGAGAGAUGGUUCAGGCGCUGACGGCCCUCCAAGGGAGAAACAGCAUGGAGACUGAGGUCACAAGGGAACACAAAAAAGUCCGUUGGCAGUAUCAUUACAAUGUCACUGACGUGAUCACCUGGACAGAUGUAACGAAAAGUCCCCCACCCAUUAGUGUCCCCAUGUUUCAGGGAAAUGCUUACGUUGUUGUCUCAAGGGCUUUUGUGAAACAUGUGAUGGAGGACAGUGAGGUUCAGAAAUUUCUGGAGUGGGAGAAAGACACAUACAGCCCUGACGAGCACUUGUGGGCCACUCUACAGAGGAUACCCUCCGUUCCCGGAUCAGUGCCUGCACACAUCAAGUAUGAUGAGUCAGACAUGAAUGCCAUUGCUCGUGUGGUGAAGUGGGGUGGUUUAGACGGAGAUGUGAGAAACGGGGCUGCAUAUGAUCCUUGCACUGGUACUUUCAGAAGAGGAGUUUGUGUUUAUGGAGCCGGUGAUCUCCAGUGGCUCCUGAGACAACGCCAGCUCUUUGCAAAUAAGUUUGAUCCUGAGGUUGAUGAUGUUGCUAUUAGAUGUUUGGAGUCAGUUCUGCGUUUCAGGUCGAUAUUCCACGGUUCUGAAAACCUGGUAAUGACUUGAAAUGUAAAAUAUAAUCUAUUAAUAAUUACAACAUUGCAACAUACGUCCAUACUA